GUGGACUCACGUUAAUGUCAGAUAUUUUAAGGUGGAAAUUAUGCUUUUUGUAGACGGUUUAUGAAGAAAAUGUGAAGAGCGGAACCUUUGUCAUGCACUAAAGGUCGCGUCGGAGAUCCGCUGAGGAGCACAGGAAACACCCCUUAUAUUUUGCAAAGGAAUGACUAUCAAGUUUCCUAAAAAACAACAUCAUAUUAAUAUCAUUAUCGGACAAUAAAGUGAGGUAUAAUCAUACUGCUGGUCCAGCUCCACGACAAAGAUGCUGAUCAAAGUGAAGACACUCACAGGCAAAGAGAUUGAGAUUGACAUAGAGCCCACAGACAAGGUGGAGCGGAUUAAAGAAAGGGUGGAGGAGAAAGAAGGGAUCCCUCCGCAGCAGCAGAGGUUGAUCUACAGUGGGAAACAGAUGAAUGAUGAGAAGACAGCAGCGGACUAUAAAAUCCAGGGAGGCUCUGUUCUCCACCUGGUGCUUGCUCUGCGAGGAGGACAGGUGCUCCACUCUCAAAGAUUCCUAAACUCAGAGACUGCGUUUUAAGCCAUCGCUUGAAGUCAUGCCUUGGCUUAUUGCGAUGCCGACACAGAGGAUACACCGAAGACACGCGGCAAUGUGUUGCGGAGUAACCCAGCGGCAUCAUGGGCAACACAGAGCCAUUUUGUAGAAAGAGUUCGAUCAGGUUCUGCUCGUGUUGGCUGCAAACGCCCCUCCCCCCUACUGUAACUUGGUCAUGGCGAGACACACACACCUUAAGGCUGCCCUUGAAGAAAAGGCAAAGUUACUGUCAGAAUUAAUCAAAGCUUCAGCCAAAGAUUUACAACCAAGAGCUAAUUUGGUUGCCACAGAAAAAAAAGUAUUGUACUGUGUUCAAGUUAUUCUCUGUCUUUUUCUGUGGCUCUGGGUGUGAGCAUUGAUUUUUGUUCCACUAAUGAUAAAACAGAGAUCAUUGUAGCUUAAAGACCCUCUAAGGAAACCCAUCCUUGGAUUACAGUCUUUGCAUUCAGAGUGUGACACAAACUACCCUCUUUUUCUGCUUCAUCCGUGUUUUAUUCAGUUUUCUGCAAGUUGCCCCAAGUCACUAAGUAUUAUCAUCUGAGGCCACAGGGUGUGUCGGCAUAUUGAAAGUGAUUUUCUUUCGUGUAGCACCCAUGUAGCUUAGCUAGAUUUGUGAGAGAUGGACAACAGUCGAAAAGUUUGACAUUUUGGCGGAAAGUUGGAAAUGUUUAACUAUUCCAAUUUCUACUCUUAAUGUCAAACUAUUCCUAUGAGGGAAAACUAUAAGAAGGACAUGUUUGUGUGCUUUUUGUGUCUGGAAAAAUCCCACCACUGAUUCCAAAUCAUGUAGCACAGAGUUUGCUUUACACCUGCUUCAUAAAUGGACUGUCCAUUCAGUAGGAUAAUGUUUUAUAUCAUUUCACAAGAAUUAAACUUGUAAAGAGCAAUUUGUAUUUUGUGCUAAUUGCACAUUUUACUUCUUGCAAAAAGACAAGGAAGGUGCCAACCAUGGUCUACUCUGACGAUGGCCUCAGUUUACAUGGAUGUUGUUACGUUUGUUUGUGUGUUCAGAGAAGCAACGCUAGUUUUGGGAUUGCUGCCCCCCCCCCCCCCCAGUGUGUACAGAAUGGUGUGAAAUGGAUUUAUGCUGUGGAUUAGUUUCUCUGUAGAAUAAACUUAUGUUGAUGC